CAACCCAAUUAUUUUUCCAUCCACCUACCUUUCCAUCCACCUACCUUUCCAUCCACCUACCUUUCCAUCCACCUACCUUUCCAUCCACCUACCUUUCCAUCCACCUACCUUUCCAUCCACCUACCUUUCCAUCCACCUACCUUUCCAUCCACCUACCUUUCCAUCCACCUU